CACCAUCAACGUUGUCAUAGCAGCCAUGGCUUUCAAGUUCGUCGUGCUGGCCGGCCUGGCCCUUGGUGCCCUAGCUGACCGCGCCCCAGUCUACCCUUCAUACUCCCCUCCUGCUGCCUCAUACCCUGCCCCGCCCACUUAUGCCCCACUACCACCAAAAUACCCCGCCCCAUCCCCAUAUGGCAAGGAGCCUGAAUACCCCACUGCCCCCCCUAAGUACGCCUACAACUACGAUGUUGCCGACCACUACUCCGGCGCCAACUUCGCUGCUUCCGAGGCCCGCGACGGCUACAAGACCGAGGGCAGCUACACGGUGGACCUCCCCGACGGCCGAACACAGACCGUCACCUACGUGGACAACGGCGACGGUCUGGAGGCCGUGGUGACCUACGAGGGAGAGGCCCAGUACCCCGAAUACAACCCUGCCCCAGCCUACAAGCCCGCCCCAGUCUACAAGCCCGCUCCCCCUGUUUACAAGCCAGCACCUAAGUACCCCCAGCCCCCCCAGUACCCCGCCUAAGUCAUCACCCCGACUCUCAGCCGCUAACUGAGAUGAUACACCUCACACCUUCAUCCCCCGUGAGAUGAAGGACAUAGUUUAAAGUGUCAUCAUAUUUAUUGUGCCAUAGUCAUAUCAGGCUAAUAAUAAAACAUGCAUCUUCUGUAA